GCUCCCUGGUCGAAGCAGUCUGUCCAGCUGUAGCCUCGGAAUGACAGCACAGCACAUUAUCCCAGUACUAGCUGAGCUCAAAAUAAGUUUAAUUACAUAGACGCUAUGGGUUGUUAGUGUCUAGGACCUGGUUUUAUGUGAUGUAACUGUGAUGAGUCGAAGGUAGGAGCGGUCAGAAAUAGUUUAGGGUCGUGUUAGUACGAGCGGUUAAUGCUAACUAACAAUUAGCUUGCUAAUGAGGAAUUUAAUGCAAGUUUAACCGCGAAGGCUAACGGGUAAAUUAUUGAAUGAGGUCCGAUAAAAGAGGCUCUGGAACAUUUUGCAACCGGGGCGGUUGUUGGGGAAAGUUUUAUUGAGAUUUAGGAAUCAUGGCGUCGAUGUAGUUUUGACUGAGUUUGGGGCUGUCAACAAGCUCGCUGCUGACGUUAGCUAAACCUGGCUAGCCAGCUAGCUCUCCUUCCAUCAUGGCCAAAACAGAGAACGGCCGACCGUCCGUGGACAUGGGGAGCAUCAGGACGCUGAACAGCAGCCACAUGGAGGAUGAGAGCUCCUUGGGAUCCGACUCGGAGAUCAACGGCUUCACCAGCGAGAGGCAAGCCGACAGAUACGGCUUCAUCGGCGGGGCGCAGCAGUACUCGGAGGAGUCGGCUCAGGACGUCCCCCCUGAGGUGCUGAGGCAGCGCGAAGUCAAGUGGCUGGACAUGCUCAGCCACUGGGACAAGUGGAUGAUCAAGAGGUUCAAUAAGGUGAGACUCCGUUGUCAGAAGGGGAUUCCUCCCGCCCUGAGAGGUCGCGCCUGGCUCUACCUUUCAGGAGGGAAAGUGAAGAGGGAACAGAACCAAGGAAAGUUUCAGGAGCUGGACAGUCAGCCAGGAGACCCGAAAUGGCUCGACGUGAUCGAGAAGGAUCUCCAUCGACAGUUUCCUUUUCACGAGAUGUUUGUGUCACGAGGAGGACACGGGCAGCAGGAUCUGUUUCGUGUUCUCAAGGCAUACACUCUGUAUAGACCAGAUGAGGGAUACUGCCAGGCCCAGGCCCCGAUUGCAGCUGUUUUACUGAUGCACAUGCCUGCUGAGGAUGCUUUCUGGGGAUUGGUCCAAAUCUGCGAGAAGUAUCUUCCUGGUUACUACAGCCCUGGCUUGGAAGCGAUCCAGUUAGACGGAGAGAUCCUGUUUGCUCUGCUGCGCCGCGUCUCCCCACUAGCCUUCCGGCACCUGGAGAAACAUAAGAUCGACCCCGUCCUAUACAUGACCGAGUGGUUUAUGUGUGCCUUCUCCAGGACCCUGCCCUGGGCUUCAGUGCUGCGUGUCUGGGACAUGUUCCUCUGUGACGGAGUCAAAAUCAUUUUCCGGGUGGGUUUGGUGCUGCUUAAGUGCACACUAGGGACUCGUGAGAAGCUGAAGACCUGCCAGGGUCUGUACGAAACCAUGGAGCUCCUCCGGGCCAUCGACCCUCGCUACAUGCAGGAGGGAUUCCUGGUCCGAGAGAUUCUCGAAGUGCCCGUGACGGCGCGGGACAUAGACAGAGAGCAUCACACCCAGAUCAAACGCUGGAAGAAGAACCGCGGCGAGCUGAACUUCAGGCCCGCCCCGAGGAUGCACGGCGCCCGCAUCAUCAUGCAGGCCGAGCCGCCCAGGCGCCAGGACCUGCAGCAGAACCCCACCAUCGUGCUGGAGGUUCCCGAGCCUCCCCAGAAGCUGAACAAGGGCAAAGAGGAGCGGAAGAGCAAGAAGAAAAAGAGCAUGAAGAAACCGACUGCCAUCGAGGAGAUCCCAAACCCAUACCCUCUCCCCACAGAUACGCCUCCACAAUCUUUGAAUUCUCCUCCACCAUCUUUGAAUCCUCCUCCACAGGCUUUGAAUCCUCCUCCACCAUCUUUAAAUCCUGCUCCACCAUCUUUGAAUCCUCUUCCACCAUCUUUGAAUCCUCCUCCACCAUCUUUAAAUCCUGCUCCACCAUCUUUGAAUCCUCUUCCACCAUCUUUGAAUCCUCCUCCACCAUCUUUAAAUCCUGCUCCACCAUCUUUGAAUCCUCUUCCACCGUCUUUGAAUCCUCCUUCACCAUCCUUGGCUACGCCUCCACCAUCCUUUGAUCCGCCUUCUCCAUUCUCAGAUCUGCCUCCUCCAUCCUUGGCCCCGCCUCCCCCAUCCUCAGAUCUGCCCUCUCCGCCUCCUUACGCCACUGAAACCCCGGAGACCUCGCCAGAAACUGAAAUAAACUCCAAUCACCAGCAGAGUGCGCCUCCUACAGACCUUCCUGCUGCCAAAGAGUCUGCUCUCCAGCAAUCCACACAAAGCCUUAGCAGCUCAGAGCAGGAUACAUACCUGUAGCUGUAAAAGCUGCACAGCCGUGUGUGUAUGUGUGUGUGUGUGUUUUCAUACGUUUGUGUGUGUAAAAAGCACCAGCACCCUACAAUCAAAAAGCCAGCCUCGCCGGCGUCUCCCAACCGGCCAGCAUCCUCGUUAAUCUUAGCGCUGGACUUUUCUCUUUUUUGUAUUCAUGUUUAACACACUUUUUUCUGUAUUAUUAUUCACAUACUCUAAAAACUUAAGUGCAAAGUGUACAACUACUCAAAUCCCAUUAGUUGACUACGUCAAGCCACUUUAGGUGCUGAAUGCUCACUGCAAGUCUUAAUGUUCAGUUUAAAGUUGUUAAGUUACAAAGUGUUUGUCUUUGUGGAUUAACAUAGAAGAUGCCAAAGUUACGCAACUUCCGCUAAAUCUCAACACUAGUAAUUCAACAGAUAACACGCCAGCACACCUAGACUUUUCUGAUUUAGUCCACCAGAGGGCAGCCUCACACAACCUCAACCUGUUUUUUCACAUUGCCGGGACAACUGACCACAGUACUGAGUCACUAACUGUGCUCUCUUUUUGUAUUUGCUUAUCAGGAACAUUUUUGCUUUCAGUUGAACUGUAGUACUGCAAAAAUCUCUGGAGUUCAUCGUCUUCCACAAGCAGGUUUCUACGUUAUUGGACAAGAGAACACGGGACAUUCCUCUUUCUUUGACACAUUCCUGCCUUCUUAAAAGCUAUUCACUUUUUGGAAGUGUCUCUUCACCAUUACACAAUAUGCAGAUCUGUGUAAUGGUAGGACUGUGUGUGUGUGUGUCUGAGUGCACACGGACCUCGCAUCAAAACACGGUCAGUGAAUGACUACAGAUCACCUGUUGGUGCUGACCUUUUCUUUUUACGUUACUUGAGAAUUUGUAAGAACAAAGGUCAAUUUUUGGGGGGACUUUUAUUUAGUAUUCUACAGCUAGAUCUUCCAAAGAAAAGCAAGACUGUUCUGAGACUUAAAUGUGACAUUGUGCUGCAUUCACGGUCAGUGGGGAUUAUGGGAUUUCCAUGUGGGAGAUUUGUAGCGUUUUUCUAUGCGAUUACUUAUACGGAGACGUUCAGGGGUUGUAAGGAUUUUUGUAUUUCCUCUUUCAAAACACAACAAUACAUGUCAGUCCAGCUCUUGUUACUUUUAUCACUAAAUGCAGGCACACACUUGUGGAUGUGAGAGUGUAUAAAAACGUCAAAUAAUAUAUGUGUAUAAAAAUAUCUGUUAAAAAAAACCACUUAGAAAGCAGUGGGGAUUAGGAUAAUUUGUGACAUCUGUAUGCAAUUUCUUUUUUUCACAUUUGUCUUCUGUGUUUAAAUACUUUUUUUGUGUAGAUAUGACAUGUAUAAAAAAAAAAGAUUUUUGUCUUUAAAAAAAAGCAUAAUGCUGAAUUUGUACUGAGUGUUUAAAGAAACAGACUUUAAGUCAAAGUAGAUUAACUUGACACUAGAAAAAAGGUUAAAAUAUGGAGUUUGCAGGAAACUUGCCACUUUUUUGUCUUCUUUUUUUCUACUCACUCCAAAAGGAUUAUUUUGUUGUUUAUUUACACUAGAGAUACAGAUGAUGUGUGAUUAACACGGAGGCUUGAGUUUUAUAGUUGCGGGAAAAAAUGUUUUUGGUUCUUCUCGCUUGAAACAGUUUGAUUGCCAAUAGUGCAGUGUGCCCUGCUCAACAGCAGAUGGCAGACUGGAGUCACUGCUUUGAACUCUCCUCCACUGGGUUACAUUAACUUUUUUUUUUUUAAUAAUACAGUUGCACCUUUUUAUAACUAGACGUAUGGAUAAAAUUAACUGCAUAUUUCCAUUACAUUUGUAAACAUGCUACAGCUGAGGUUGACGUUACGGCUCUCAUUUUGAAUAAAGUCCAUAAACGUA